AUGGGAUCUCUUGCCAACCAAAUUCAUAGUCUCACCAAUAUUGCAAGUAAUUUGCAGCGUGAGAUGAUGAAUUUGAGUCGCCGCAGCAAGGACAAUGCCACAGAUUUGAUCAGCUUGAAAGCCGCAACCGAUGCCCGCGAUGAAGACAUCCGCCAAAGCUUGAAGGAGCUUUCGGCUAAUCUGGCUACCAAGAUUUUAGACGGAGAGAUGACAAGGUCUGAUAUCAUGGCACUUCUGAACCGUGAAAAUGGGUCUAACCUCCCUGAGUCUGAUAGUUCUCCUGCCUCGAAGAGAAGCUACUCUGUUCCACGGAUGCCCAGCCCCAACCCAUUUGUAUUUGACCGCGACAUCGGUGCAUCUCCUGCACCGAUUUCUGAUGGUUCAGCCAGCAUCGCCUUACUCGAGAAAGUCUUACGUGAGAUGGCCACGAAAGAAGGUGAGGAACGACUCCUGGAGCUUGUCGACGAGAUCAAAUCACGUCCUGCAGCAAAUGCAUCAGACAAGGAUGCGGAUAAGAAGAUCACGAACAUGCUGGAGGAGAUUCUCAACCUGGUGAAGGAUGACCCUUCGAGCCGAGCUCUAGUGCGCUCGCAGACUCUUCAAAAUCUGCCGUUUGCAGCCUCUGGCACUGAGGGGGCUCGAUCGAUUUCUGCAGGAUCUAUGGACCCGACAGCUACCGUGCGAGCAUUGAAUGUUCCGAAGAGCGACCAGUUGGACCGAUCAACUCCCAACAGUGAUGAGAUGCUCGCAAUUCUCCGAAGCGUUAAGAGUAGCGUGAUGGAGAGCGGUGGAAUGACCAGCGGGGUGAAAGCCUUGGUUCGUGAGCUUCGCGGGGAGGUUCUCGGGAUGGGACGUGAUAUUGCUCGACAGCUGGAAGCGAUAGAAUCCACCAAGGGGAUUGAAGCAGCGGAGAAGCCUCGGCCUCUCAGCCCCGAGGAAAUUUCAUCCAUUGUCAACAACAGUCUCUUCGACCUCCGUGAGCAGCUGGCUGCCACCAUCAACGAAAGUCGAGAGCAAUCCGCCAUCUUCGCCAAACUCCAAGCCACAAUGAAUAGCGCAGAGAUCUAUUCUGUUGUCAAGCGAGCUCUCGACGAGUUGGAAUUUCCCCAGCUUCAGGCCGCCGAGCCACGAGGCCCCGUGAUGGAGAAGGAGGAGAUCCUUGAAACUGUUCGCGAGGCAUGGGAGACGUACAAACCUGAGAUUGAGCUACAAAACUUUGGUUUAGAACGGGAUGAAAUCUUGGAGUGUUUGUCCGAGGGCCUCAAGUCAUACGAGCCCAAGCACGAACAGGCAUUGACGUAUGAGCAAGUCUUGGCGGCUGUUCAGACUGGCAUGCAGAGCUUCCAACCACCUCCCAUCGAGCAUCCCCCUACCAUCACUAGGGAUGAGAUCAUUCUCACCAUUCGCGAGUGCCUCGAGAAGCCCGAGCCCGCCUCGCGGGGCCUGGAAGAAGAGCACGUCUCUCAUUUGAAUACCAUGCGUGAUGAAAUUCUGCAGGCUGUAUCCGAGAAGCUGCAGCCAGACUCUGCUCCCGAGCCAGCCGUCAAGUCUCUGGAUGAAGAGCAUGUAAACUACCUCAACUCAAUCCGAGACGAAAUUUUGCAUGCCCUGGCUGAGAAGUCUGUCGAGAGCGCCCCUCGGUCGGUUGACGAUGAACACCUGAACCACCUCUAUGGGAUUCGGGAUGAGAUCAUGAAUGCCCUGACUGAGAAAUCGGAGGGCGCACCACGAUCCAUUGACGAGGCGCAUGUUGAGCACUUGCACUCCAUCCGGGAUGAGAUCCUCAAUGCCGUUACUGCUUCAUUCACUUCCCAGAGUGUUGUUAGCAAAGAAUCUCUCGACUCCGGCCUUGGCCGUGAUGACAUCGUUACAGCUAUUUCCGAUGGUCUGGAUGCUCAUUUUACUACCGCGAAGGAGAUGGAGGACCCGAAGAUUUCCAGGGCUGACGUUGUCAGUGCUGUCACUGAGGCCCUAGACGCUCACAGGUCUGCCUUGACCACAGAGACUUCUACUGGUAUUUCCCGAGAUGAGAUCAUGACUGCUAUUAUUGAUGGUAUUGAGAUCGCUACCAAAGCUCAUGAAACAACUAUCGCCAAGGACAUUGGCCCUUCACUUUCCCGGGAAGAAAUCCUUGAUGCUAUCUCGGAAGGCAUCCAUAAGUCGGGCGAAGCCGAGAAGUCUGCUUUGAGCACCGACAUUCAAUCAUCAUCUAUCACCCGUGAGGAGGUAUUCAAUGCUAUUGUUGAUGCUAUCGAGAGCUCGAAUACUAUGACUCGUGAGAUUGAGCUCAACAAGGAUGAUCUCAUGGAAGCUAUUAGUGCUGGUCUGCAUGACGCCACUACUGCCGCAAACCUGAACGUCGGAGAGCAAGUGCUAGAACGUCUGCAGGAUGUCGUUGAUGGCAUGAAAGAGGAGUUUAAGCAGUAUUCCACGGCCAACGGCAAGGACACUGAACAGGUCCUCGACGCGAUUAAGGAUGGUCUUCAUGUGGUUCGCAAAGAGAUUGAAGCAUACGCAGCUGCGACGGGAACGAAUGGAUCUGACAAGCACGAAAUCAUUGACACGGUCAAGGAAGGCUUCAGGCUGCUCCAAGCUGAUAUGGAAAAGACAAUUACCGACAACGCUGUUUCAAAUGAAACCCGGAGUCCAACCGACACGUCAGACCUUUUGGAUGCAAUGGAGAAGGAAUUCGAGCACCUGCGCGGAACAAUCAGCCAGCUCCUCAUCAACAAGAACGCGGGCGACAAGGAUGAAAUUCUUGACGCUAUUCAUGAAGUGAAUGAGCAACAAAAGGCUAAGACCAGCGAUGAGCAGAUCGUCAACACCAUCAGGGAGGAGUUUGAGAACCUUCGCGAGCGCAUGGACACCAGUCUUGUCCGCGCUGAGCCGCCAGCUGAAGAGAAUAGCGAGAAGCACCAAAUUAUCGCAGCUCUGCAGGAGCAUUUUGAGACUCUCCAAGAGACUAUCAAACAGAAAGAUGGCAGCGAUAGUGUUCUGUCUGUCACUAGCGAGCUUCUCGAUGCUUUCAAUGAAGGAAUUGACUCCAUUCGCGGAGAUGUGAAGCAGGUCUUGGAGAAGCCGACCGAGUUCGAUAGUUCUGAAAUCUUGACUACCAUCAAGGAUGGCCUCGCUGAGCUGCGCCUGGAAAUUGAUGCUGUUCGUCAAUCACAGAAAGACGCCGAUGAUGCUUCCAGCGCUCGUGGCAAUGAGCUUAUGCUUGCCAAUGGCUCUGAUAUAGGUAGCAACAUUGAGGGGUUGAAGGAUGUCAUCACACAGCUUCAAGAGAAGGUUGACUCGAUUGACACUGCACCCCGCGAUACCGAGCCGUCGCCGCCCGCAGAAGACGCAUUGAACCGUGGCCAUUUUGAUGAGCUUUUGGUUGCCAUCCAAGAAGUUCAAAUUGCGAUUGGAGAAAUGGGCGCCAGCAAGGAGCUUCCGGAGGGUGUCGCCACUAAGGAGCACACGGAUGCACUCGAAAGCCUUCUGGUGAGCACGAAGGACCAGAUCGCCGAGAUCAAAUUUCCCACAAAAGAAGAGCUGGCUACAUCAGAGCAGAUUGGGGUGCUGGAAGUCAUGGUUGCGGAGGCCAAGGAUGCUGUCUCUACUUUGUCUGCCCGGCUUGAAGCUGAAGCAUCUACGAAGUCCGACAUCGGACUACUGGAGAACCUGAUUAAAGACGUCUGGGUGGCUCUGGAUGAGCUCAAGAGCAAAACCAAGGAGGAGGAAGAAAAGCCUGCGGGUGAGGGGAGCGAUGAAGGUGCAGAGGAAGACAGCGACAAGCUCCUCAAGUCAGAUCUCCAGACUGUCGAGGCUAUGGUGUUCGAAGUGAAGACCCAAAUUGAUGAGCUGAAGCUGCCUGACGUCGAGACCCUUCCCACGAAAGAGGAGAUCCAAGGCCUGUCCUCUCUCGUCACUGAUUUCCGCGAGAGAAUGGAGGCCAAUAAUGAGCUGACUGCCCAAGGCUUCGAGGCCCGUAAGGUUGAACAUGGUGGCCUGGCCGAAAAGAUUGAUGAGGCUAAGAUGGUGGUCGGGGAACUCGGCGAACAGUUGAAGAGCAAGCUUGACGGUAGCUCUGAAGGCCUGACUGAGCUGAAGGGCCUUCUUGAAGGUCUGGCUCUAUCGGCGGAGAAUUUCAGCACUGUCGAGUCGAUCAAGGAGCUCACCGAUCUUAUCAAUCGCGAGUUUGAGCGUUCCCGCGGCGAGGACGACGCUACCAAACUUGAGAAGGAGGAGCGUGAUGCUGCUGCUCUUAUCAAGCACGACGAGACUCGUGCUGCUAUCAUUGUGGAGCUCGGGGCCAAGAUCGAUGAGAAGAUCGAGGAAAUCAUGGCUAAGUAUGAUGACGCCCAUGCUUCCUUGCACUCGAAGUUGUCUGAGGCCGAAGAACGUGAUCUCUCUCACGCUGAAAGUGUGACCAGCACCAAGGCGCUUGCUGAAGAUAUCAAGCUCGUCAUUGGGUCUAUGGGUACCACUGUAACCGACACCUGCGAGCAGAUGAGUGAGGAAACAAAGGCCCUGAGUGAGAAGGUUACUGAGUCGUACGCUCGCAUGGAGGAGAUGCACAACGAGGCCAAGUCACACCAGGAGCAGACCAGAGGAGAGAAUGAAAGAGCCGUUGCUGCCACCGAACGUGUGGAGAGCAAACUGCUUGAGUUCCACCCUCAGAUCCUUGAGACUGUCCAGGAGAUCCUCAACGUUGUUAGCCAGCACUACGACCACUCGCAGAAAUCUGCGGAUGAGGUCAGGACUGAGCUUUCUGCCUUGCCCGCUGCCAUUCCACAAAUGCUUCCUGCCUUGCCUCCUCCUGAGUCUUCUCGGGAUAUCGAGGAUGAUCCUGUUCAUCACAAGCUCAAUGACUUGCUCGAGCACGCCAAGAGCAACCCUGUUCAGGAAGUCUUGAACACCCUUCUGGAGCACUCCAAGAAUGAGCAGAUCCACGAGAAACUUGAUCGCGCGCUGGAGCAGGCCUCUGGCUCGAGCGAGCAAACAGAGCAGAUAUAUGAGAAGCUAAACCAGCUUCUCGACCAUGCAACUGCUGGGAAUGCACCCGUCCUCGAGAAGUUGGAUGCCCUCCUCAGUCGCCCUGUGAAUGCUGUGGACCCUGAUCUUCCUGUGACGCAAAUGAUGAAGCUCGAUGAGAUGCACAAGGACAUUAUGGAGAACACUCGCAAGAUGAACGAGAUGUUUGCUUUCCAGUCCAGCCUUGUUGCUCAAGAGACAGAGCGCAAGCGACAGGAAGCUGAAGAGGCUGCCAUCGCGCUCGAGCGCCGGAACGCCCAACGCGAACAGGUCGAAGCUGAAAUUAUCGGUCUAAAUGAGGAGAAAGAGUCACUCUUGAAAAUGAUACACACUCUGAAGACGGAGAAGGACGACCUCGCGAAGCAGAAUAUGAAGCUGAGCAAAGAGCUUUCUGGCCUCGAGACUACUUUCGAGCUCCGCCGCGAAGAAAUGCAUUACAUGCAGGAGCGUGCCGAUGAACUCGAGAAGCGCAUCCUAGAAGGAGUCCUUGAUCAUGCUCGCAGUGUAUUCAUGAGCCGAUCAAACAGCUUGCAGAACAUGAACCUGAAACGAAACCGAAGCACACGCUCUUCUCGUACCGGCGCCCGCAGUCCUAGCAUGGUCAGCACCACCACUACCAGCACGGCUCGGGGGCCCAAGGACCAGCGAAGCCUGCUCGGAAAUGGUGUCGGCAUGGCUCUCAAGCGUCGCGGCACUAACAACUCCCUCAAAUCUGGCUCCACCGCCGUCCAGCCUAAUAUUGGCAAGGAGCGCCGUAUUCUCAGCUUGAGCCACGUUACUGGUAACAGUCAGCCUGGCAAGCGACAUGUGAGUGCCAACACCGGUAUUACAAAUCUCAAGCGCAGCCACUCUGUCAAAUCCGAUUUCUCGCUGCGCAAGACUUCUUGGGCCGGUCGACCCUCUGUUGCCAACAAGGAAAAUGAGGCUUUCCCCGAAGAAGAGGAGCCCGAUUGUGAGCUUGAGGCUGGCCCAGGACGGCAGGUCAGCUAUCGCCAGUCGAGCUACGCGGGCACCGAGCGGAAGUCCAGCUACGCCGGGACUAUCACUGAUAGUGUGGUCACGGGCGGCUCUGAAAGUGGUGUUUCUGAAGACCGUCGAACUAGCGGUAGAGCUCUAUUGCUGGCGACCCUGAAGACGACGAUGUGGAUUCUGAAUCAGAAGAUGCCCAGACAGCUCGGGAAGACGACGAGGGGGGAGGCUCAAAGCGAAGAAGAAGCUGAGGACACUGCGGAUGACGGGUCACACGUGGACGAGGACAGUCACCUCGAGGAAACAGCCUCGGUCAUGGAGGAGCAAGUCAUGAAGCUUCUGGGCCAGCCCGCUGAUAGUGGCUUAGGCACAGAUGUCUCUGUCGCCUGA